CAUCCCACCUCUAAUUGCCCAAUUCUCCACGCUUCUGCCUCCUCUCUCUCUCUCUGUCUCUCUCUCUCUCUCUCACACACACACACACACACAAACACACACACAAGAACACCUGCGCAGAGCCGGUGAAUCACGCCGACGCCGCUUCUCUCUCCAGUCUUUCUCAUCCAUCCUGACAGUCGCAUCGCCUCCAUUUUAAUCACAGCGCACUCAAAGCGGAUUCAUUGCCUUCGUCCUGCAGCACGCGAUUGCGUUUCGAUUAAUAUUUCACAAGUUCCCCAACGCCGUGUGAGGAUUGGCUGGGUCUCUUUUGUUUCCUCGAGGUGAAAUGAUGCUUAAAUGAUGCUGCUGCGUCGCUGCUCUCACCCGCUGUAGCGCAACAUCACUAACAUCCUCAUCAUCAGCAUCAUCAUCAUCAUCAUCGUCGCCGGUAUGAGUCUGAAGAAGAGCCCAAACAUGGGAGAUCUGGACUAACAAACCCGCAGGGCUGCUCAACAUCUUAAGUGUUGGAAACGCUGAAGUUCACGCACUGGGUAAACGCGUCAGUGGAAGAAAUCAGGCACAAAUGAAACUCUGCAACUGAUUAUAAAGCACUGACAGACAUUGUUACCACACACACACACACACACACACAAAUUGGCUUAUUAUUUAACACACACAUACAAAAUGGCAUUGGACAACACCGGCUUCUCCUCGUGCCCUGAAGAGUCCUUGUCCCUCCCAGUUCCUGAGAAAGGGGAGGAGCCUGUGGAGGAGGCCCCAAAGGAAGCCCCGCCCACUGAUGAACAAAACACUUCUGAGGAACUGGGGCAUGUGGUAACCACGGAGACAGCCCCACCCACACAGGCUCCAUCCAAUAACAGCAUGACCUUCCAGGAUAAGAUGGCUGCAAGGGAGGCGCAGGCCAAUCAGCACAGGAAGAAAAUUCAGGUGGUGGGGCAAGAGAGGGGCAGGUUUGGAUGGGCACGGAGCAAACGUAAGAGGCAGCGUUAUGUGGAGAAGAACGGCCGCUGUAAUGUGCAGCACGGCAACAUGCGUGAGACUUACCGCUACCUGACGGAUAUCUUCACUACGCUGGUGGAUCUGAACUGGCGCUGCUCUCUGCUUGUGUUUGUCAUGGCGUAUGCCGUCACCUGGCUCUUCUUUGGAGCAAUAUGGUACCUCAUUGCAUACUGCAGAGGUGAUCUGGAUCAUUUGGAGGACGAGUCUUGGACUCCGUGUGUGAACAAUGUUAAUGGCUUCAUCUCUGCUUUCCUGUUCUCCAUUGAAACGGAGACGACCAUCGGCUAUGGUUACCGCGUCAUUACCGACCAGUGUCCAGUGGGAACCAUGUUGCUGCUGCUGCAGGCCAUACUGGGAUCUAUGGUCAACGCUUUCAUGGUUGGCUGUAUGUUUGUGAAGAUCUCCCAGCCGAACAAGCGUGCAGAGACUCUAGUGUUUUCUCGUAAUGCUGUCAUCUCACUACGCGAUGACAAGCUCUGUUUGAUGUUCCGCGUCGGAGACUUGAGGUCCUCCCACAUUGUGGGCGCCAACAUGAGAGCCAAACUUAUCAAAUCCAAACAGACACAAGAGGGUGAGUUUAUUCCGCUAGAUCAAACUGAUAUCAGUGUGGGCUUCGAGACGGGAGAUGAUCGUCUGUUUCUGGUGUCUCCUCUGGUGAUCUCUCAUGAAAUCGAUGUACGCUCUCCGUUCUGGGACAUGUCACAAAAUCAGCUGGAGAAAGAGGACUUCGAGAUUGUUGUCAUCUUGGAGGGGAUGGUGGAAGCAACAGGUAUGACCUGUCAGGCACGGAGCUCUUACCUGGCUGAGGAGGUCAUGUGGGGUCACAGGUUUAGUCCCAUGAUGUGUCUGGCCGAGGGAUUCUUUGACGUGGAUUAUGGGGCAUUUCACCACACAUUUGAGGUGGACACACCCUCCUGCUCUGCAAGAGAGCUGGCAUUGGCUGCCGCCCGUUUGGAUGCUCAUCUUUAUUGGUCGAUCUCCAGUCGGCUUGAUGAAGAGAAAUGGGAGGGGCCUAAUCUGACUGAGCAAACAGGAAAAUCCACUGAUUCAGAAUCUGUCAGGGAGGAACAAGGGCCAACAUUUACUGUGGGUGGAGUUACAAAUACCCAGGACCAGUCGGUUGUAGGAGAGCAGAACGGCAGUGUCGCCACUGACCAAUCAGAGUCUGAGGCUUAAAUGGAUUCAAGAAUGUAAAAGGUACGAAGGAGUCCACAGUUGGUGUAAAUUUAACUAUAGACUGGAUUGUUCUGCAGUCCAAGCCUUCUUCUUCGAGUUAGAUUUUUAAAUGUAUAGUCGCUAAUGCCUAGCAUAGAAUACUUUCCCCAAGGGGGAAAUCCUAGCGUCUCCUUGCUGUGUUUUCAGUCUGAUUGAAUCUUAACUUUUGAUGUUUCAUAACAACACUGCCUUUGAAUUCACACAGUAGCUCUGUUUCAAACUCUAGUGAGCUUCCUCACCGUCCGCUUCCGGAGAUGAAAACCUGGGACGGAAACAUAAAGUGUGUUAAACAUAUCUGAAACAAACUAUCAUAGAUCCCACUUACACCUAGUGUUAAGAUGUAUUUUCGUUAAUCCCAUCACAAGUGGAUCGCUCUGGGUGGCACACUGAGUUCAUAUAAGGUAUCCAUAAUUUAUUUAUAAACAAUAUGAAACGAGGCAAUACAGUUUAGAGCGAUAUACAAUAAUUUGAUAUGAGUGCAUUUGAGAAAUUACAGAUUUCUCAUAAACAUAAGUCAUAUACACUACCUGACAAAGGUUUUGUCAUCGAUUUCAGUUGUAAGAGCAUUAAAUAAUUACUUGACUUCUUGUUGAUCAAUUUUUCUGAUGAAUCAUCUGUUGAACUGCAUCCCAAUCAUCACAAAUACUGCAGAAGACCUAUUGGAGCC